AUGAGAUCCUCAUUGGUACUUUUGGCAUUCGUUGCUGCGAGCACAGCCUGGGACGAGGUCGAUUUUGCGUCAUGCGUGGAAUCCCAGCGGUUGACGAUAAUCCUUCCAGCAGCUACAACGCUGUGCACUGGCGCAUACGCGAGCGAUUACUCGUCGUACCUCAGCAAGAUAAGUACAUGGAAAUCGGGCAACGGCGGGUCCUGGUCGACGUACUACUCUGGCACACAUACAUGGACGGGCGACGGCCCCUGGCCCACGGAUGCUCCAGGACAUGGGCCUUGGGGCUCUGGAUAUUGGCCUGACGAUAAAUGCCCCGGGACCAAUUGGCCCGGCUGGGAUACGUGGACGAGUGGCACGUGGGAAUCAAGCUCUUGGGCUUCAGCAUGGUCGACUUGGUCAGAUUGGACGAGCUGCUCGACUACGGAGAGCUGGACUGGUACGACGACGGGCAGUUGGACUGCGAGUACGACGACGAUUGGUUUUACUUCGGUGAUUACUACGGCCGCUCCUGUUGCACAGCCUGUUACUGUGCAGACAACACCUACGGAUUAUCCGAUCAUCACGAGCAAGGCUACUACCAGUCCGGCCUCGACUUCGGGGGUGCAGCAGUCAAACAACGGAGUGGGAAGGGGGAAUAUGAUGGAAGUUGGGGCUUUGGGUGUGUCACUACUUGCUGUGUUCUUGGGAAUAGUCACGAUCUUUUAA